CUUUCGUCAAUUCAUCACACAAUGGUUGAAUUCAAAACUAUUGUGUUUUUAUAUUUUCUCUGUUUUCACAUUGACAUGGUAUUGAGUUGUAGAGGAAAAAAUAGUGUUUUAGAUGAUUUCGAUAUAACACCAUCAAAACCACAGCCUCCAAGGCCAACAGCAAUACCUACCAUCAAAAAGCGCACACAACAGCAAUGUGAAGAGUAUAAAACCGCACUUUUGGCAUCAUUACCUUCAAUGGCAAGAAAUGAAGAUCCAAACUUCGUUAUGACUGGCCAAAUUUGCUCUGACGGUUUGGGCAGUUUAUACGAGGCAAAAUCUGAUGGAAAAAUGGCCGUUUAUGAAGUGUGCUUUAAUGACAAAACAUCGAGUGCCAUUUACACUAUUCACACUCUUGAUAUGAGAGCUGACGAUGAAAAAAUGAAACACAAUAGUUUUCUAGUGAGGUACACAUUUUGUGGUUCAAAAGUUAACGAUUACUACAAUUCGAAUAGCCAAUCGAAUAUAUUUGAUGGAAUAUUCGGCAAUGGAGUGAUUACGAAUUCGGACAUAAAACUAACGCAAUAUUUUUCGCGAAAUCAUUUGGUGCCACAUGCUGAUUUUCCGUCGGCUGAAUUUAAAAAAUUGACCUACUACUUUCAUAAUUCAUUUCCAGGCUAUCAAUCAAUCAAUGUGAAAAAUUGGCGUAAACUAGAGGGAUAUGUACGUGAUAUUGCACGAGAUAUGAACAUGAUACUUGAGGUUGUCACUGGCAUUUACAAAAUAAUGAAAAAGAAGUCGAAAUCUGGAAAUAUGAUGGAUAUUUAUUUGGAUAUGGGUGAUGGUGAAAACAAAGAUCGUCGUCGAUUUGCCGUACCUGCUGAAGCUUAUAAAUUGGUGGUUGAUAAAAAGACCAACGCCAGUUUGGCAUUUAUCACGUCGUUUGAUAGGAAUUUGAGCGCUAGUGGUGUAACAAAUUUUUCGAAAAUUUGCAAUGUCAAUUGCCAGGAUCUUGGUUAUAAUUUCGAUUCAGACUCAAAUGCCGGCUACACGAUUUGCUGUACUUAUGACGAACUCCAAAAAUAUAUUAAAUUACGAUUACCCGUUAAAUUGAUGAAAACAUCCAUUUUACGCAACACAAAUCAAAGAAGAUCAAGUUCACCGCCGAAAAAAGCACAAAGUCCGGAAAAUCUUAGGGGUAAAAAAGAGUCGUCGCCUAGGAAACGAAGAUCUCCAUGAAAAAAAUAAAUAAAAAAGAACUUUUUCACAAAAAUAAAACACUUUCUUCAAUUUAUAUCA